UCCAUCUUAUAAAUGCUAAGCAACCAGACGCACUAAUGUACACAACUCCCAUUUCUUUCUUUAACAACAUUUCCAUUAUGGCUUCUCGCUAUGAAGUUGAAGUCACUGUUUCCUCAGCCAAGGACCUCAAGAACGUCAACUGGCGUUAUGGCCCGACCAGGCCAUACGCUGUCGUUUGGGUUGACCCUAAAAACAAGUGCUCUACCAAGGUUGAUGAGGAGGGCGACACGUGCCCUUUCUGGGACAAGAGACUUGUCAUCCCUUUGCCGGGAACCCUCGACAAAGACUACACUCUAUACGUCGACGUAGUUCACGCUGGCAAUGAAGAGGGGACCAAAAAGUUGAUCGGAUCGGCUCGGCUCAAGCUGAGAGAUGUUCCCGAUGACGUUGGCACCGGUGAAUGUGUCAAGCAUACAUUAACCCUCAAGCGACCUUCCGGUAGGCCUCAAGGAAAAGUUGAAGUUAAGGUUACCAUCUUAGAACCCCGUUAUGCUCCGCCUAGUGCGUAUUACGCACCUCCUUAUGGUAUUCCACCUCAAGGUUCCAGAGACUAUCAUGCGCCGCCACCCUACGGUAACCCAUACGCUCCACCGCACGAUCCGUACUAUUCAAGGGCUCCACCACAAAGUGGAUAUCCCUUCAAUGCGUACAAUGCACCACCGGCACCGUACGGACAGGGAAAUGGAGGGUAUUAUGGUGAACAAGAGGAGAAGAAGAAGAGUAAGUUUGGUGGGAUGGGGACAGGAUUGGCUGUGGGUGCGGUGGCUGGAGUCCUUGGUGGACUAGCGUUGGCUGAGGGUGUUGAUGCGCUGGAGGACCACAUUGCUGAUGAAGCCGCUGAGAAAGUCGAAGAAGAUCUUGGUUAUGAUCCCGAUGACUUCUAGGCUGGAUUGUUUUUGCUUUCUAGAAAGCUUAAUGCUUAUCACUUAUCAGCAUGCUUCAUGUUGUUUCUUGUUUGUUAAUAAUCUGCCGUGUCGUGAGGUUUUGGUAUGCUUUCUAAUGGAAAAUGGCUUUUAUCUUAAGAAAAAUGCUGCAAUUUAGAAUUUCCAA